AUGGACGGGCGCCCGUGGGUCGCCAGGUACGGAGAUCGGCUCUUCGGCGUGGACGAGCAGCUCGCGUCGGCCUACGGGUGGCUGGACAGGCUGGAGGACCCCGACGACGUGGAGUGCGAGCGCAUGCUGAUACUGGCCGGGCCCUCGGGCUCCGGCAAGACCGCCCUCGCGAUGAAGGUGCUGCGGGAGCGCGGCUUCUCGGUGCUCGAGAGGAACGCGAACGACAACAGGACCAAGUCGGCGUUCCAGGAGGACAUCCUCAGGACCGCCACCUCCACCUACGCGUUCAGGAGACAGGCGAUCCUCGUGGAGGGCAUCGACGCGAUCCCGGUGACCGCGACCAACUGCGGGCUGGACGUGCUCAUCGACCUGGCGUCCGAGCACCGCAACCCGUGGAACGUCGUGCCCCUGAUCUGCACCAUGGACGGGGCCAAGCCGAGGGGGAGGCUGGCGGAAUUGGCGAAGAGGUCCCGCGUCCUCGUGAUGCCCGGGCUCGGCGAAGGAAGGCUGCUCCAGCUCGCCUACCACGUCCUGGCGAGCGAGAAGACGCGAUUCGUGCGAGGGGACGUGGAGCGGUUGUGCGCUAAGGCGAAGGGCGACGCGAGAUGGCUCCUGAACGCCCUGGAAUUCGCGUACGGCAGGGGUGGCGUGGGCGCGCCGGCUUGCGCCUCCGAGGCGGACCGCAGGAGGACCGACGAUGUCGAGGCGGCUCGCAAGAUACUGUACGAGGCCGACUGCGCGAAGGACAUCGAGGAGGCGCUGAUGGACGACGAAGGGUAUGCAGUCGCGUCUUUGGUGCAGGAGAACUAUCCUUUGGCGUGCGGGGACGACGUGACGACGGCGUCUGCCGUGGCCGACUGUGUGGUGGACGACGACAUCAUGGAGAGCUUCGUACACGCCACCCAGAGCUGGGAUUUCUUGCCGGUGGCCUCCAUGGCGGGCAUGCGGCGAGCGAGUUCCUACCUCUCACGUGGGAGACGGACGGCCGGAUCUGCGGCGCGCAGCGAGCCCGGCGAGCCCCUGGGAGCGGGCGCCUUGCGGCGAAGGGGCAGGAGCAGGCAGGCCGAGAGGAAGACGAGCUGGGGGACGGUCAAUCCGUCGUCGGCGUGGAGCAAGGCGUCUUACUCCUCCGCGCAGAGGAAGAAGCUGUGCGCUCUGGGAAAGACGCUCCGCGGAGAGACCGAGGUCUGCGCCGAUGUGGACCUCGAGUGGAUGGUCGCUUUCUGCGCGAUCGCGACCGCGGCUGCCGAGAGCGCGGGCGAUGGCGGCGGGAUGGAGGAGGUGGCGGCGUACGCGGUGGGCUACGGGAUGCGAGCCAGGCAUGUGGAGGACAUCAUGAGGCUCUGCGCGCCCCUCACUCGCACGAUCCGCUUCAAGAGGGCGGACAUGAGGAGUCUUAAGAAACUCUGCGGGGAGGGCGAGCCCGACGAGCCCCUGGGAGCGGGCGCCUUGCGGCGAAGGGGCAGGAGCAGGCAGGCCGAGAGGAAGACGAGCUGGGGGACGGUCAAUCCGUCGUCGGCGUGGAGCAAGGCGUCUUACGCCUCCGCGCAGAGGAAGAAGCUGUGCGCCCUGGGGAAGACGCUCCGCGGAGAGACCGAGGUAUGCGCCGAUGUGGACCUCGAGUGGAUGAUCUCUUUCUGCGCGAUCGCGACCGCGGCUGCCGAGAGCGCGGGCGAUGGCGGCGGGAUGGAGGAGGUGGCGGCGUACGCGGUGGGCUACGGGAUGCGAGCCAGGCAUGUGGAGGACAUCAUGAGGCUCUGCGCGCCCCUCACUUGCACGAUCCGCUUCAAGAGGGCGGACAUGAGGAGUCUUAAGAAACUCUGCGGGGAGGGCCCCGAGCGCCCGGUCGGAGGCUUCGAAGACGACUUCGACAGCGAAGACUAUGAGGACGCCCCGGAAUCGCCGUCGGAAUCGGGCGAGCCCGCCGAUGGCUCGGACGAAGAUCCCGACUAUGAACCGGGGAUGAGAUCCAGCUCGGAGGGGGAAACGGACGAGGAACGCGAGUCGAGCGACGAGGCCGACGAUGAUGGUCGGAGCGAGGAUUGGGAUGCCGAAGAUCACGCGGAUGCACAAUAA